AUGCAGAGUUUUCAGAAAUCAGAAAAAAUAGAUGCUUUGAAUAUUGCAUAUGCUAUGGGCAAUAGUUCAUAUGUUGAGAAAAUGGGUUUUUUGAAGACUAUUGUGGAAAUGUUUUCUCGGAAGAAUAAGAAAAUAUUGUUGUUAGGCCGUAAACACAUGUUACGGUGGCAUAGAAAAACUUUAGAUUAUAUAUUGAGUGAAACAUGUAACUUUUUCAUAGAUGACAUCUCACAAGACGACCCUUACUUCAUUACAGCAGCUAUUGUUAGUGGGCCAAAUACAGAUAUAGUCUCUAAAGACCUAUUUCGCAGCCAUAGAUUUUUAUUGAAGGAUCAGGCAUUAAAGCAAAUCUUUCAGAGGUGGCAGUGGCAACAUCAAUGGAUGGUCUUUAGUAAAGGGAAGCGUCCUUUUGUACAGCCACCUCUACAAUUUACACCUUGCGCCCAGAAAGGCUUGGAUGGUUGGCAUUUACCAUAUGAUAAUGAGGAGUCUCCUGGAAUGGAGAAUACUAUACAUGAUGGAAUUCCAGAUUACAAUAGCUGGUUGUGUUUGAAGCCAAAAGUUGUAGAUAGUGGUGUAAAGAAA